CCACGCCCAAAGGUAGGCCCUACACUGUAACGCUGUUCAGCUGUGGAGACCAAUUAGGUUACACUGGCGAGUACGGUUUGAAGUAAGUGGAGAACGGUGAGAAAGAGAUGCUACAGUAAGAGCAGGCAGUGACAACGAAAGGACUGCUGUUUGGACUACAAAGAAAAAGAAAAGAGGACGAAAAAGCCGAGCCGAUAGAGAACUGAAGAGAGUGAAAAGAGCGAGUGGCGGUCCGGUUUUGCCAACCGGUUCGUUCCUUCUAGCCAGCUGCAGCGGGGGGAGCCAUGCAAAAUGUGCCUUUAUGGUUCCUUAUUCCUGCGUUCGAUUCGACAAUGGAACCGCUAUUCAUCUUAGCCUUGCGCGUUUAACCUUGCACCAAUACGGUGGGUCUUAACCGUAACGAGGGUACACCUUUACUGCAACAUGCAGUAAAAAGAACAUCUUAAGAUGUUUUUUCACAAGAGACAUUGAAGGGGGGAAACCCCACCGCGGUCAUUCUCUUUCUACACACUGAUUUUGGAUUAUUAUUCCGUGAUAACAACUUCGGUCGGGAUGGGGAAGGAGCAAGAACUACUAGAAGCGGCCCGGACAGGGAAUGUGGUCCUGGUUGAGAAAUUAUUAAGUGGAAAAAAGGGAAUACUGGGGACAGGCUCCGGUUCCAUACCUCUGCCCAACCUACUGAGCAUGUGGAGAGGCUUGAAUGUAAACUGUGCCGACAGUUCAGGAUACACACCGCUCCAUCACGCAUCGCUGAAUGGACACAGGGAUGUGGUAUUGAAGCUGCUCCAGUUUGAGGCCUCCACCAACGUGGCCGAUAGUAAGGGCUGCUUCCCCCUGCACCUGGCUGCCUGGCGGGGCGACGUGGACAUCGUCCGCAUCCUCAUCCACCACGGUCCCUCGCACUGCCGCGUCAACCAACAGAACCAUGAGAGGGAGACAGCGCUGCACUGUGCCGCCCAGUACGGCCAUUCUGAGGUGGUGUCAGUGCUACUGCAGGAACUGACCGACCCCACCAUGAGGAACAGCCGGAACGAGACGCCCCUGGACCUGGCUGCGCUUUAUGGAAGACUACAGGUGGUUCGCAUGCUGGUGAGCGCACAUCCAAACCUGAUGAGCUGCCACCGGCCACAGCGCCACACACCCCUGCACCUGGCUGCCCGCAACGGGCAUUAUUCGGCCGUGCUCACCUUGCUUGACGCUGGCAUGGACGUCAACUCCACGACAGAGAAUGGCAGUGCCCUCCACGAGGCAGCUCUCUAUGGGAAGAUGGAUGUGGUUCGGCUGCUACUAGACUCAGGUAUUGAUGCCAACAUCAAAGACUGCCAGGGAAGAACCGCUCUAGAGAUCCUCAGAGAGCACCCUGCACAGAAGUCCCAGCAAAUCACUGCUCUAAUACACGAGUACAUGAUGGAGGAGACCAAGGACAAUAGGAGUGGUUUGAUGGAGGAGCCUAUUCGCCGGUGCCCUGUCCCCUCUCCACGCACCUCCGUCCCUUCUCCGUCCACCUCCCCCUCCCUCAGGCUCAAAAAUGACGCAGUGACAGGAGAGCUCUCCAAGCUGCUUAAUGAGAUGAAGAUGUGCAGGGACAGAGACUACUCCUUUGAGGAGCUCUGCCAGACCAUCUCAUCCCACUCUCAGUCUAUUGACAGCUUCGGCAGCGGGCGCCUCUCUGAUGACGAGCUACGCAGCAACGGAACCCUGGGCAGAGUCAGCAAAAGGCCCACUCCGCCACUCCCUCCUCCCCGCGAGGAAAAGGAGGAGGAGGUGGAGGUGGGGGAGAAGAGCUGUGGCCCAGCGGGGUUCUGGGAGACCCUCACCCCUUGCAAUGGCUGUCACAACCUGGGCUUCUCCAGUCUGUCACAGGACUCGAAGCGCUCAGCGGAGAUUGCCCCUUCGCCCUCCCUCGACGUGUUCCUUCCGGAAGACGAGGACAACCCGUACGAGUCCAUCGCCACCGCUGUCACCCGCAAGCCCUGCUCACUGGACGUCGCUCGCUUCAACAGCUACCCCCGUAACGGUCUCUCUACCCAGGUGAAAGUGACUGAGCCGCUGUGUAACCAUGCGGCAGGCUCCUCUCCAACAGGGCCUACCCCAGACUGUUCCCCCCCCUCACCCGACACGGCCCUGAAGAGCAUUGAGAGAGUCAUCCGACCACAGCCCAAACAGCGGACCUCCCUCUCCUCCCUCCUGGAUGUCCAGAACCAGAGGCCAGUCAACCACAGCUGCGAUCCGUCCGAGGUGAGCUCGUCCCUGGGCUACGCCAGCUUCAGCACCAGCCCCCCUGCCAGCCCACCGGUCAGCCCUAACCAGGACUCGGCCGGCUCCACCGACGACUGCCCCCAAACAGAAAACCGGCCGUACCAGCGGAACCCUCCACCCUCCUCUUCCAACACACUUCCAGAACAGGACGAGCGGCGACAGAGCCUCGUUCCCGUCGAGUUCGCCGGCCUACUCCACGGUUCGUCGCCGGCCUGCGAGACGCCCGACACGCCCUACCACCUCUACAACUCCGCCACCAAACCUCAAAAACGCACCCCCUCGGACCGCAACGCUGACACGGUAACUGCCCUCGGUAACCACGGCGACCUGUGCUCGGUUACCCUGAACUCGGCAUUUGGAGUUCUGCACCCACCGCUCCUCAUCGUCCCUCACACUGGGAACGAGGAACAUCCAAAGAACCCCAAAGAUGCUGCGCACCAACAAAGACCCCCCAAACCUCAGGUAGUCUAUCGCACCAUCUUUCACACCCGAGUUAACCAGAACCACCAGAACUCCUUGGCCUCUUUUCCCUCCUCACCGUAUGGUCAAAACGGGAAGGUGGAGGUGGUGAAGGGGGGCUUUUCUGGAGCCUGUGGAGCCAGGGAGAUUGCACCGGCCCCUGGGUACGAGGAGAGGGCCUGCACCCUGGGCAGGAUGAGAUCCAUGCCUCGUAGAUUGCUGGACCUUCAAAAUUCCAAGUCACUGUCCAAAUCCGACUCCAAUCUGGUGGCUGUGUCGCCCAUACAGGAGGUGCAACUCCGGGGGUCAGGGACCAGAGGCCAGGGGCCGGGAGGAAGCCCUAACCAAGGGGAUGCCACCAGUUCUGGGGUCCAGCUGGAGAGAACCCCUUCCUUCACCGCUGAAUGGGAGGAGAUUGAUAAAAUUAUGAGCUCUAUUGGGGCUGGCAUUGGUACUGGCACAGGCUUAGAGGGGAUCAAGACAGACAAUGCAGGUCCUCGCUGCCCCAUGCAGUCUGUGGGCCAAUGGCUGGAUAGCAUCGGACUGGUCCAAUACGAAAACCACCUACUGGCCAACGGCUUCGACAAUGUGCAGUUCAUGGGCAGUAACGUGGUGGAGGACCAGGACCUGCUGGAGAUCGGGAUCCUCAACUCUGCCCACAGACAGAGACUGCUUCAGGCCAUCCGUCUGUUGCCCAGGGUGCGUCCCGUGGGUUACGAUGGGAACCACCCCACCUCGGUGGCCGAGUGGCUGGAGUCUCUGGAGCUGGGGGACUACACCAAGGCCUUCCUCAUCAACGGGUACACCUCCAUGGAGCUGGUCAAGAAGAUCUGGGAGAUAGAACUCAUCAACGUAUUAAAGAUCAGUCUGAUAGGACACAGGAAGAGAAUCCUUGCCUCGCUGGGAGACCGGCUUCACGAAGACCCUCCACAGAAACCUCCACGGGCCAUCUCCCUACGGGAACCCGGGGGCUGCCACACCCCUCCCCAGCUGUCUCCGGGCCAGGCGGCGUACACCACGGCAGGCAUCCCGGGGGGCUCACUGGACGUGCAACACCUCAUGAUGCAGGCGGACGCGCGGCGACGCCAGCGCUCCAACGACAACUAUUUAGAGGAUGUUCCGCGCUCCAAACUAGAACGGCAAAUGGCCCAAGUUAGCAUGUCUCAUGAUGUUGGAGAAAGACCUUCUGCAAGAAAUGAUACUCAAGGCGACUGGUGUGAGCCAAUCACAUUGCGUCCUCCCAACGAGGCCACGUCAUCCACUCCGGUUCAGUACUGGCAACACCACCCCGAGAAGCUCAUCUUUCAGUCAUGUGACUAUGAAGCUUAUUACCUGGGCUCUAUGCUGGUGAAGGAGCUGAGAGGAACCGAAUCCACACAAGAUGCCUGUUCCAAGAUGAGGAAGUCCACAGAGCAGAUGAAGAAAGUCCCGACCAUUGUCCUCUCGGUCUCCUACAAGGGAGUCAAGUUCAUUGACGCCACAAACAAGAACAUCAUCGCUGAACACGAGAUCCGUAACAUCUCAUGUGCUGCCCAGGACCCCGAGGACCUGUCCACGUUCGCUUACAUCACCAAAGACCUCAAGUCCAGCCACCACUACUGCCACGUCUUCACCGCCUUCGACGUGAACCUGGCGUACGAGAUCAUCCUGACCCUGGGCCAGGCCUUUGAGGUGGCCUACCAGUUGGCCCUGCAGGCCAGGAAGAGUGGCCACGGCUCAUCCACGCUGCCAGAGAGCUUCGACAUCAAGCCCAACAAACCUGUGCCCAAGCCCCGCGUCAACAUCCGCAAGACUAUGGAGCAGCCGUCGAUGGACCAGAAGGGUCACGCCAACGUGCCGUGGAUAGUGGAGCCGGGCCAGGAGGCUAAAAGAGGAGCCAACACCAAGUAUGAGACCACUAUUUUCUAAUAGCGUAUACCGCCCACCUGCCCACUCCUCUGUGUGUGCCUUUCAGAGAGCGCUGCCCCUCUAGAGGCCCCCCAACGGAGCCGCACGGGCACGAGUGACCCUUUCAUGCGGCGAUGCGUGACCUCACUGGCCGAAUAACCCCGCCCCGCCUCGCCCGCUGUUAGCCGCCGCAACCUCUGCAUGAUGACGUUUGGCGCUGCGCUGUCUCUCUCUCUCCCCCUCUCUCUCUCACACACACACACACACACACCUCUCUCUCGCUCGCUGUCUCUCCCUGGCCCUCCCUUCCUCAUCCUGUUGAUGCCCUAGCCUGCCUGCAGGGGCGCAGCAUGAACUUUGACCCCUAGGGGUUCACCUAUCGUCUCGACUUGUAGGGGCUACAGUUUUGUUUUCUUCACACUCCACCGUCAGUCCUCCCCUAAUGUGGCCGGUAAUUGGUCAGUUUGUCAAUUUUUUCCCUGACUGCGGGGGGGCGACCAUUUUGUUAUAUCUCUCUCUUUUUUUCUCCUCCUACUGCUGUUUGUCCGUUCUUCACUUUUUUUGGUGAGCUGUCUUUUUCUCCCUUUCGACAAGCUGAAUGAGUAUAUUUAGACCAUAAUGCUGCUAAGAACCCCACCCUUAAGUCUCGUGUUUGGAUUUGUUUUUAGACCAAUGCUAACUAUUUAGCGAUAGGUUGUUGUUUAGGGAAUUUUGUUGUCCAGUACUGACAACCCAGAGGAAAGUUGAGGAAAAAAAACCCAUCUGUUUCAUCUAGUUGGAGAGGAGAAUGGACUACUAUGAGAGAUGAUGUAGCAAAAUGUUACUUAAAAAUAAAAAAAAAAAGCUUGCUAGUCCAAAAGACUCCUGUUAAUCAUAUAUCCGUGUUUGAUUUUUACAGCAGAUUGUUUUUUUUAGAAACAUUGAGACAUUUUGUGAUACCUUUUUUUAGACAUUUUUGGGGGGCAAAGCUUGUGUUUGUUUAUUUGAGGCUCUGACCUUUUACAUAGGAAAGAAUAGUUUUUAAAACCACGCGCUUUAUCUGUGUUGAAAUUGAAUCUGUUUAAAAUAAGUUAUUUGAUGCAUCAUUUCUUUACAUACUUUCUUGUUUUGUUGGGAUAUGCUGAAAGGUUUAGCAUGUGAUUUGGGAGGCGCAUGGCGUCUAAUCUGGAGUGACUGGUGAUGAGGAAGGGGCGGGUCUAGGGGAGGUGGAGAGGAGGCAGGGUUUGGGGACUCUUUGGAUAAGUGAUGUAAUCUCAUUUGCAGGGCAAUGCCGGACGCCCAUGUCUAUUACUGUGGAAUGCAAAGAAUGUAGCCAGCCCUAAACACGGACCCUCUCACACACACAAUGCUAAAGGACUACAAAUAUGGACCCUUGGAUGCUCUCUUAGCAGAAUUGUGUUUAAGGUUGACUACAAAAUGAGGACAUUCUCACACACACACACACACACACACACACACACACACACACACACAGUUAAAGGACUGCAUAGCAACAGAUGUCAGUCAGAAUGUGAAUGUAGACUUCCAUUGAAGCAACCAAACCUACAAUCACCAACCCCUGUUCCUGGAUCACCUCCCUGCAGUCAUCUGGACCUUGACCUUUGAACUCUUGAUCCUGGUCACCCAGAGUCUGGACCAUAACAGACAGCGCUGUUUUUGAACGCAUCACUGGGACAUGUCUGUAUUUGAUUAGGGGCUAAAAGGACUGGUUUGCUCUUUUCUUCAUUUUUACUUUGUUUUAUGGUCAAUUACACAAUAAUACGGAUAUGCAUCAUGUGAUUGGACUAAAAGUGCCGGACCACCAUGCAACAGGUGAGUUCUGUACGAACUGAGAUCACAAAGGAUGGCCCUACCUACCUGAUUGAAAUGCCAUCAAUCCAAAUUAAAAAAGUAUUCGUAUAAGCCAGAUGUUUUAAAUGUUUAAUAUGAGAGUAUUAUAGUACCAUAUGAUUAUUCUUGUGCAUUAUUGUCUAUUGUUGUCUUAAUGUUACAUUAUUUUUAUAUAAUAUGCUGAUUUGAAAACAACUUGGGCUUAAGAAUGACCGUCAUCCUUUAAAAAAAGACCCAUCAAAAUAGUUCUAUAUGGAGAGUGAAUGUUUCCCACGGCUCUUCUUAUUCAAUAACAAUUAUUUUUAUGAUUAUUCUUGGUUUGUCGGGUCAACACACUGAUCCAUUGUUCCUCAUGGGGCUCAACACAUAACUACAAGCUGAUGUAAUAUUUGACUGCAGUGUUGCUGUGUCAUUUGAAUGAAUACAUAGUCCUCUAUAAAUGUAUAUAGAUAUUUUGCCAACUCAUUGUUCAUACAUGUAAUGUAGUAUAAUAAAAAAAAAUAAUACAAAUAAAAGAUUUGCAGUACAUGGCACUGGAAACAAGGUACCAAAAUGAAAGGUCAGAGUUGAAAAUGAAUGUUUAUAGAUUCUAGAUGUUUUUUCGGGGCGGUUGGGACUGGGAAUGAUGGCAUCACUGCUACCUAACUCAUGUACAUAGGCUUGGGCUUCCAGCACACAGAUUUUGUAAGUUUUGGUCAUUAUUUAUAUCCUUGUAAAGCACAUGAAAUAAACACAACUUGUACAACCAUUAA